GUUUCUAUUUAUUAUCACUAAAACAUGGAUCCUGAUAAUACAACAGUACCUGGAGACCAACCUAUGGAGGAAGAGAUGUAUUCUUCUUGGGCGCUUUUGAUAUUUAUGACGUUGCUAAUGGGAGCCUUGUGGACAAGUUACUUUUUACAACUAAGAAAGAUUCGUGCAGUUCAUGAGACAGUCAUUUCGAUCAUGGCAGGUAUGAUUGUUGGAUUAGUCAUAAAACUUGCUCCAGGAACAAUAAUUCAAGGUAUGGUCAAGUUUAAGGAAGGUGUGUUCUUCAACCUAUUACUUCCACCCAUCAUACUGAACUCUGGUUAUGAACUCAAGAGACGUAACUUCUUUUUGAAUUUUGGAACCAUUUUAAUAUUUGCCAUGGUGGGCACCUUUAUCUGCGCCAUUGUUACUGGUGUAUUGACAUUUAUCUAUGCGCUUAUCAAUCCAGAAGGUCUGAAUAUAAGCUUUUUAGAUAGCAUGAUCUAUGGUUCAAUUUUAUCAGCCACAGAUCCAGUAACAAUAUUAGCCAUCUUCAAUCAGCUUCAUGUAGACCCCCAGCUAUUUUCUAUUAUUUCAGGAGAAUCUUUGCUGAAUGAUGCCGUUGCUAUCGUCUUGUCAGACACACUCCGUCAUUUCCGUGGUCAAGAACUACAUGCAGUCAAUAUCCUCAAAGGUAUUGGCCUUUUCUUGGGUGUAUUCUGGGCCUCAACACUGAUAGGUAUUAUCUGCGGUGUACUGGUUGCACUAGUCAUGAAGUUCUCUCAGCUCCACAAGUUUCCAAACAUUGAAGCUUGCUUUGUUCUAUUAAUGGCCUACAGCAGCUAUUUUUUCUCUAAUGCAAUUCAAAUGUCUGGUAUCGUCACACUACUUUUCACGGGCAUCACACUCAAGCAUUACGCUUAUGAUAACCUCUCUUUAAAGAGCAAGCGAGCAACCAAGUCCAUAUGCCAGAUACUAUCCCAGCUUUCUGAGAAUUUCAUUUUUAUCUACCUGGGCGUUAACCUCUUUACACAAGACGAUCUGGACUAUAAACCUCUCUUCAUCAUUAUUACCUUGGCAUUCAUCUGUAUUGCUCGUUAUGCAUCUGUGGCACCUCUCUCUAUCCUGAUCAACGCUGUGUGUAGAGCUUUAGGCAACCCCGAACAGCUACCCAGGAAUCAUCAGAUCAUGCUUUUUUGGGCUGGACUUAGAGGGGCCGUAGCCUUUGCGCUUGCUUCAGGUAUCACGGGUGAAAGUGCGCCUGCGAUGCGAACGACUAUCCUGGCUGUCGUUGUGCUCACAGUGCUCCUCUUUGGUGGCACAACUAGCCGAAUGCUUCAAAUACUUGAUAUUAAAACAGGCGUUGCUGAGCCUGAUGAGUCUGGUAGCGAAGAUGAGGAGGGAGAAGAAGAUGGUAGGACAGGCAAUUAUCAAAGAGUCAAUAAUUUUGAGCCAUCAACUCAGCGUAAGCGGCAAUUUGACGAAAAUGAUGUCUCCAUCGGCGGUUUACUCUCGGGACCACUUGGAGAGCCUAUUAUCGAGGACCGUGCGCCUCACUGGUUUGUAUCAUUUGAUGAAAAAUGGCUAAAGCCCGCUCUGACAAAGAAACAUGUUCAAAGAAAUCAAUCCUUGGCUGAGUACUGGAAAGAAAAAAGAAGAAAAAUGGAAAGGGCCAACAGAAACAUGUUGGACGGUAUUCGUUCGUUUCCAUUUGAUGAAGACCAAAGUGAUGCAGUGACCCUUAAUUCCGUCAAGGCAACUACAAGCAAGCCCAUCUAUAACAACAGAAGCUCACCAAAGAUCGUCGUAGGGUCAGGUAGAAUGUUUGGUCGAUCGCCGACUCAUGAGUCGGAUGAAGAAGUAUGA